AUGAAGGAGCCUGAUGGAGAGGCGCCAAUGGGUCCGUACCGCGCAUUGAGGGGCUGUGUUAAUAGUGUAGGGUUUCAGCCAGAUGAACGCCUAAUACCAUACUUAGAGUUAGCCGGGUUCAGAUCAACGGCAUUGAUUCGGACUUUUAAUCUGCGAUACGACUUGAUUUCCGCUUUAGUCGAGCGAUGGCGUCCGAAGACCCACACGUUUCAUCUGCCGUGCGGAGAGUGUACCGUCACUUUAGAGGAUGUUGCAGUACAGCUCGGGCUUCCCAUAGACGGGAAUGCGGUCACGGGCGCUGUUCGAGCUUACAUUAUGCACCUUAUAGGGGGUGUACUCAUGUCGGAUGCAAACGGCAGUAAGGUCCACUUGAUGUACUUACCCUUAUUAUCCAAUUUGCAUAACACUCGUUCAUACAGUUGGGGGUCCGCAGUUUUAGCCAUGCUGUAUCGUGAACUUUGUCGGACAACAGCCUCUUCUGCGGUUGACAUGGGCGGAUGCCUCAUGCUGCUGCAGUCGUGGGCACUUUACCGGAUGUCAUUCUUGGCAUCCAUUAGUCAUCAAUCAUAUUUCAUUUGGAUGUCGUAUUCUGCUCCGGAAAUUAUGGCAGUUAUGCCAUCAUCUGCCCACGUCCACUCAAACCUAUGGUGCAUUAGUUCACCCAUUAUCAAUUUUAACGUAGUGGAGUGGUAUCAUGGCAAUCGAGUACUCUGGCAGUUCGAUUGCAUACAGUAUAUCCCGAUACUACCAGUACAAUUGGGGGAGAUCCAUGAGAUGAGCAAGAAGGAGAGGUGUGGAGAUAAUUGGGAAGAAGUGCACGAAGAAUAUAUUACGAUAUGGAACAACCGGUUCGGGAGAGUACCUCAGAUGGAUCGUGCUCCGGAUUUGCAGCCCUCGUUAGAGUACAUACAGUGGUACUGUGAGACAGGGAAACCAUUUCUGUUUGGUGGGCGGUCGAUUGUAGUCCCUCCGUAUACGACACGAAUUACGCAACCCCUUCGAGAUCUGCAUCAUGCACCGGAGCGAGCGAGCGAGCGAGCGAGCGAGCCGAGCCGGAGCGAGCGAACUACAUUCUAG